AUGCCUCAAAUCGAGAUAAUACCAUGCAAGGUAUGCGGAGAUAAGAGCUCCGGGGUGCACUAUGGGGUGAUCACGUGCGAGGGCUGCAAGGGGUUCUUCCGGCGGAGCCAGUCCUCGGUGGUCAACUACCAGUGCCCCCGGCAGAAGAACUGCGUGGUCGAUCGCGUCAACCGCAAUCGAUGCCAGUACUGCCGCCUCCAGAAAUGCCUCGCUUUGGGCAUGUCCCGAGACGCGGUGAAGUUCGGUCGGAUGUCAAAGAAGCAGCGAGAGAAGGUGGAAGACGAGGUCCGGACGAUCAAGGCCCAGCUUCGCCUCCAGCCUCCAGGCACCUCGCCGGACUCCAGCGUCUUCGACCCUCAGUUGCCCUCCUCCUCCGACCAAAUCGCCUCCUAUCCCAAUCCCGGUUAUAACUAUGGGAGUGAUCUGGGGACGUACACGCCGAACGGGUACACGGCGUUCACGCCGCAAACCACCAUGACGUUCGACAUGGGCACGGAUUUCGUGGACUCCACCACGUUCGACGUCCGCGCCCAACCCGGGCAUCUGGACACCUUAACUGACAACUCCAGCCAGAUCUCGGAACUGCUGGCCAAGACGGUGGCCGAUGCCCACCUAAGGACCUGUCUGCUGCCCGCAGACCAGAUCGCCGACGCCCUCCGGAAACCCCCCGAUCUCACCAAAGUCCUCUUGUACAAGAAUAUGGCCCACGAGGAGCUGUGGCUCGACUGCGCGCAGAAGUUGACGGCCGUCAUCCAGCAGAUCAUCGAAUUCGCCAAAAUGGUGCCCGGGUUCAUGAAGUUGUCCCAGGACGAUCAGAUCGUCCUACUUAAAGCAGGGAGUUUCGAGCUGGCGGCGCUGCGGAUGAGUCGCUACUACGACUUGGAGCACGAAUCGGUACUGUACGGGGACCUGUCGCUCCCACUGCAAGCCUUCAUGACCUCGGACACGGUGGAGGUGAAGCUGGUGACCAGCCUCUUUGAGUUCGCCCGAGGGAUCGCCGAGAUGAAACUCUCCGACGUCCAGCUAGGGCUCUACUCCGCCUUCAUCCUCCUCGCCCCCGAAGUGCCUGGUGGAGUGGAUCUCUCCAAGACAUCUGUUAACGUAUUACAUCGAUUUAUUUUGACUUUUAUUGUUUUACGCAUGUGUGUCGGACGCGAUGCAGAUCGUCCCGGGUUGAAGGACGUGUCGCAGAUCCAGCGACUGAACGGGGCCGUGCUCCGGGCCUUGAAACAAGAACUAGGGAAGACCCACCCGCUCCCACUCAAGGGCGAUGUCUCCGUCUGUGAUGCUCUCAUUGCCAAGCAGCACUUCCUCCGGGAGGUGAGCAUGCUGCACAUGGAGGCGUUGAGUCGGCUACGACGGAGCACACCUCACUUGGAGUUCCCUGCAUUGCACAAGGAACUCUUCUCUAGUGAAUCCUGAAGUCUCGAGUUUCUCAGAGUCUUUCCCACCAGAAUCAUCUUUCCCUGGGAGAAGGAGAAAGAAUGCCGCCGUCUGGGAAAAGAAGUCCAGUGAAGUCUCAGGAAGUUUUUUUUUGCCCCUCAUCGUCGUCAUCUUCAGUGUUUUUUUUUUGUCCUCACUUCAUCGCGGCGCCGUUCUGGAUCCAACAUGUCUCCCUCUCAGGAAAUGAGAAAACUCCCCAUCGCUCUGAGAAGAACUCACCUCAGAAAAAAAUGAACACAAACACACACACACACACAAAGAAAUGAAGUUGUUCGUGUGAUCUAGGACAAAACGUGGUUUUGUUCGUGUUUGUGGAUGUGAGACAAGUGAGUGACAAGAAAGUUUCUCUCUCAUCCCUGUAAAUAACCUUUCUAAAACCUUUCUCGGUCUGUCUUGGGCUUGAGCUCUUUCUGUGUCGCUUCUGCCCGUACUUAAGGGUCAACGGAGGAGAAAGUUACCAAUUUUGGGGGAAUUUUGGAGAGAGUCCUCACUCCGAGGCAUCUCCUUCCCCGUUUUCGUCCAUCUUUUUCUGCCCAUGGUACAAAGCUCGGUAGAUAUAGAGAGAAACAAAAACACGUUUUUGCAAAACACGGUUUUGCUCGUUGUUGGUCGAGAAUAUUGGGAAUUCCAGAUUCCCAUUCAAGAAUUUAUGGAGACAAUUUUCGAUUAGCCGGAAGCGGGAGAUGAAGACAGGUAAAGGAAAAGGAAAUCAUCUAUGCCUUGUUAAACAGGAAAAAAUGGAUCUGUCAGAUUUUUGCAAACUUUUUCGGCAUGAAUGGAAAGAUCCUCCUACGCACUGUUGAAUAUUUGUGUACAGUUGUUUUUUUUCGGCAUAGAAGAGGAAAGCUGAACCGAGGCAGACACACACACGAGUUCACACACUUUUUUAUUAUUAUUAUUAUUAUUUAUAAUGCCUUUUUUUGACGAGGAAUGGAUGGUUUAUAUUUUAAAGUGCUUUUUCUCCUGUCUCUAUCUCGGGUGCUGUGCUUUUUUUUCCACUCAAGAAUUCUUUUCCCCUC